UAAUAAUACUUCUCUUUAUUUCAUUCAUUCAUAAAUAACAAUCAUUGCCAAAAAGAAAUUCUUAGCCAAACAGGCAAUCUAGAUUUUAUUGUUCGAUUUUCACGUUCUAAUACAAAUCCCCCAAACUUGAAGAGCAUCAAAGAAUUAACAAGAAGAUUCUGAUUUAUUAUUCUUGGUCUCAAAUGGAAGCGGAUGUGUCUAUUCCUCCUAUCAUGAUAUUUUUUGCAAAACCCUAAAUUUUUAUCUCUAACGUUUGUCUCGCCGAGGAACUAGGGUUUCUUUUUAUUUUCUGGAGAUUUUAGAGUUUAAUCUUGGGGAAGGCCAUGAAUCUGGCUUUAGUUUUCUGGUUGCUCUCUCUAUUGGCAGCCUGUUGGAUGACAGCAGCGACUGUGGUGCUCGUUGGGGACAACGUCACUCUCUCUUUCGAUGAUAUCGAAGCUAAUUUCGCUCCACCGGUUAAAGGUUCAGGGGAAUGUGGGAUAUUAUAUGAGGCAGAGCCUCUUGAUGCAUGCUCAACAUUGACCAAUAAAGUCGAACCAGCUUCAUAUGCUAAUUCCCCAUUUGUUAUAAUUAUUAGGGGAGGAUGUAGUUUUGAGGAUAAAGUCAGAAGAGCACAAAAUGCUGGAUUCAAAGCUGCAAUUGUCUAUGACGAUGAAGACAGGGGCAUCUUGGUCACAAUGGCAGGAAAUUCAGCUGGCAUUAAAAUACAUGCUGUAUUUGUUUCUAAAGCUUCUGGAGAAAUUCUGACAAAAUACACCGGCUUAAGGGACAAGAAGCUAUGGAUUGUCCCAAGUUUUGAAAACUCGGCAUGGUCAAUCAUGGCAAUCUCUUUCCUUUCCCUACUUGCCAUGUCUGCAGUGCUGGCUACUUGUUUCUUCGUUCGCAGGCAUCGCAUAAGACAUGAAAGACCACAAGCUUCUCAUGCCCGGGAAUUCCAUGGGAUGAGUAGUCGAUUUGUGAAAGCAAUGCCAAGUUUGAUAUUUACAACUGUUUUGGAGGAUAAUUGUACUUCAAUAACAUGUGCCAUAUGCCUUGAAGACUAUAGUGUUGGAGAUAAGCUCAGGAUUCUACCUUGUCGUCACAAGUUUCAUGCCUUCUGUGUGGACUCCUGGCUUACUGCCUGGAGAACCUUCUGUCCAGUUUGCAAGCGCGAUGCACGAACUAACACCGGUGAUCCACCAGCUUCUGAAUCAACGCCAUUGCUUUCAUCUAGCCCAGCCUCUGUGGCUUCUUCUGUUUUGUUAUCUGUUAGAUCGUCAUUAGCAUCAUCAUCAGCCAUACAAAUAGCACCAGUGUCGUCUCACUCCCCUUCAGUUUCUCGAAUUCAUUCUGUUGCUAGCACUCCUCAUGUUCAGCAUUCUCUCAGAUCCUACCGCCAAUCCCCUCCCCUGAGUGUAAGCCGAAGCUCAGCAGAUUUCAGGAAUGGAUCAUCCCUAAGAUCGCAUGCUUCCUAUCUGGUUUCACAACAUUCAUUGGGUUACCCAUCUUUUUCACCACAUAACUCGAGAUACAUGUCCCCAUUUAUCCCAAGCUCAAGCUAUGUGCCACAGAGCUUUGUCAGUUCAUCUGGUUAUCAGGAGCACCCACUGCAUUGCAGUGAGUCGGCUGCAAGUUUUUCUCCCUUUAAUUCUGCCCAAUCUCUUCCGGAAUGCUGAACCAAUAUAAUUUAGCAUAUGACUGGGAAGCUGGGUGCGGCCAAGAGAGCUCAUCAGAGGGAGUUGAACUGACACCCCUGGAUCAUUUUUACCUCUGGCUUGAACCUCAAAGUUGCUGCAUCAUAAUUGGGUUUUACUUUUACACCGUGGCUUUCCAGAUUUCAUCUCUGGAGCGUUACCUGUUACCUGCUCACAUGUACAUUGUAGUAUAAGGUUAUGUCAUCUCUUUCAAAUUUCAAGUGAUAGUUGUGGCUUUUACAUUUGAGGUCUGUCAGACUCACAAACACCUUCAUUGAGAUUUUGAGUGGAACUAAUUUCUUAAA